AUGUCAACGGCCCCGAACCUAGACGUGGUGGAAGCCGCGCGGGCAGACUGCCCGGCCAUUGAGAAGGGCGUUGACGCCGCGAGGAAGCCGGAUGCGUACACGGGGGACCUUGCCGACGGACGGCUAUCCCACGACACCCUCGGCGGGCUCAACGGCGAGGUCUACCCGACCGAGGAGGAGCUUCUCACGCUGCGCCGCGUUCACGGCAAGGUGGACUGGCUAAUUUACAGCAUCGGCUUUGUCGAAAUGUGCGAGCGCUUCGCGUACUAUGGCACAACGGCCGUGUUUGUCAACUUUAUCGCGUAUCCCCUCCCGCCGGGCUCGACGACCGGCGCCGGAGGCACACAUGAGCAAGCUGGCGCCUUGGGUCUCGGCCAGCGCGCCUCAACCGCCCUGACCCUCUUCAACUCCUUCUGGUCCUAUGUGAUGCCACUCGUCGGCGGCUACAUCGCUGACACGUACUGGGGGCGUUACCUCACGAUUCAAUGGGCCAUUGCCAUCGCCACUUUGGGCCACAUCUUCAUCAUCAUCGCCGCCGUCCCCUCCGUCAUCGCCAACCCGAGCGGCUCGCUGGCAGCCUUCAUCAUCGGCCUCGUCUUCUUCGGAACCGGCGUUGGGUUUUUCAAAGCCAAUAUCUCGCCCCUCAUCGCCGAGCAGUAUGAGCUUACGCAGCCCCGGCAAACGGUCGAGACGCUCCCCAAGACGGGCGAGCGCGUCAUCGUCGACCCCGUCAUGACCAUCUCGCGCGUCUAUAUGCGCUACUACUUCCUCAUCAACGUCGGCGCUCUUGUCGGCCAAAUCUCCAUGGUCUACGCCGAAAAGUACGUCGGCUUCUGGCUCUCAUACCUCCUCCCGACCAUCAUGUUCUUCUUCUGUCCCAUCGUCAUGUUCGCCUGCCGCAACCGCUACGCCAAGCGCCCGCCCACUGGUUCCGUCCUCGGCAAGUCCAUCGCCCUCAUUGGCUACGGCCUUCGGCAGGGCGGCGGUGGCGGCAUCACAGGGAUGCGCAAGGACGCAUUCUGGGAGCGCAUCAAGCCCUCGCGGGUCGCCGACAAGCCGGCGUGGAUGACGUUCGACGACGCCUGGGUCGAUGAGGUCCGCCGCGGCGUCAUGGCCUGCGCCGUCUUCCUCUGGUUCCCUAUCUUCUGGCUCGCGUACGGCCAGAUGACCAACAACCUCAUCAACCAGGCGGCGACGAUGCGGCUCGACGGUAUCCCCAACGACAUCAUCACCAACCUCAAUCCCUUUGCGCUGCUCAUCUUCAUCCCAAUCUGCGACAAGUUCAUCUACCCGGCCGUCGAGCGCGCGGGGCUCCGCUUCACCCCGCUCAAGAAGAUCACGCUCGGCUUCUUCUGCGCGACGCUGUCCAUGAUGGUCGCCGCCAUCAUCCAGCACUUCAUUUACCAGCAGGCGCCGUGCGGGUACAGCGCCGGCGACACGGACUGCAUCCGCGAGAACGGCCCGCCCGAGAUGACCGUGUGGAUCCAGACGCCGUGCUACAUCCUCAUCGCGCUGAGCGAGAUCUUCGCGUCCAUCACGGGGCUUGAGUACGCCUUCACCAAGGCGCCCAAGAACAUGCGCGGGCUCGUCACCGGCGUCUUCCUCUUCGUCCACGCCUUCUCGAGCGCCAUCGGCCAGGCGUUUGUGGGCCUGGCGGCCGACCCGUUGCUCGUGUGGCUGUACACCUGUAUCGCCAUCAUCAGCUGCCUGGGUGGCAUCGGCUUCUGGAUCAUGUUCCGCAAGCUUGACAAGGAGGAAGACGCGCUGAAUGCGCUGCCGGAGAGCACAUACAAGGGACGAGGGGAGUUGGAACCUGAAAGCAAGGCAGUCUAA